GUAUCCUAGAUAUCCUAGCAAAGAAAACGCUGCGGAGAGAAGCGUCCAUUCGAGAUGGCGACCACAAAGUUUAGUCAAUUUAAGUCGGCGACUGUAAACAGAGACACAUGGAUACAUCAACAUAUAGAGAAAUAUACACACAUGAAUACAGAACCGCGACGACGGCGAAGAAAUGGAACUGAGAAUAAACAUACACGGAAAAAGGCGUUAUAAUGCGUCAACGUAGACGCGUGAUUUAUCAAUGCGAAGUAUAAAUGAAACGAUACUCUCUGUCUAUGUUUCAGAGCCGCAGCGGCGGUCGGUGGGGUGUUUGGAGCCACCACGCUGUGUAGAAUUGUUAUACUAUCCUAUGUACAGAAGCGAGGUUUUGCAUUGCAGCGCAGCGUCAGCGCAGCGUGGAGAGACGGGCAGGAAUUAUGUACAAUGUCCUAUGUACAGACGCUGCUGCUGGGAUGUAUUAUGUACUCGAAGCAUUCGAAGCAUUCGAACGGCACAUCGGAGAUCUAGCUGUACAUCUCCCGCGCAACAAGCCUUGUUUGCGUUUCUCAGGUGUUGUAAUCUGCAUUCGAAGCUGCGGCCUGAUCCAUGUCUCACAAGUCCUCAGAAACAGGUCGCAUGUCCUCCUCACGUCAGCAAUCACGAUCGAAGAAGCAGAGUAGAAGUUGUUUCUGCGCGCUCCGUAGGUAGCUUGCUCAUACGGGAAGGAGCAAGCGGGUGACGAUGGCUGGCAGAUGGCUGGCAGAUGGCGUCCGACUUGCAGGC